CGACCAUCCACGACAACUAACCCACCCAGUCCCUCACCCACACAACACAACCGACAACAUGGGUCGUCUUCACUCCAACGGAAAGGGAAUCUCUUCCUCCGCCAUCCCAUACUCGCGCACCGCCCCGGCAUGGCUCAAGACCACCCCGGAGCAGGUCGUUGAUCAGAUUUGCAAGCUCGCAAAGAAGGGUGCCACUCCUUCGCAGAUUGGUGUCGUCCUCCGUGACAGCCACGGUGUUGCCCAGGUCAAGAUUGUGACUGGUAACAAGAUUCUCCGCAUCCUCAAGGGCAACGGCCUCGCACCAGAGAUUCCAGAGGACCUCUACAUGCUCAUCAAGAAGGCCGUCGCCGUCCGCAAGCAUCUCGAGCGCAACCGCAAGGACAAGGACAGCAAGUUCCGCCUCAUUCUCAUCGAGUCCCGCAUCCACCGCCUCUCCCGCUACUACAAGACCGUCGGUGUUCUCCCACCCACCUGGAGAUACGAGUCUGCCACCGCCAGCACCAUGGUCGCAUAAGCAAUCGGCUUUUCGAUGAUGAGGACGGGACAGGCUUGAUUGUGAAGAGCGACGAAGUGAAUGGGAAAGCAUGGCGUCAACGGGGAUACCACCGCACAGGCACGCCGGUUCUUCCGGCCCUGCUGUGUGAUGAAGGAAAAUGCAUGCUGGUAACUUCGGUAGACCACAAACUUCAGUCAAAAUUUUCAAUACCG